CACCCACCAAUAGGCAGCUAAGUAUUAUUCCUAUAUAUAUAAUAUAAUAUAAGUCUAUUCAUCGAGAACUAACUACAGCAUAUCAGACUGCCCCUAAACCUCAAUCUCGAAAUGCCUAUCACACUUCGAACCGCUGCCCAUCCUGCUCGAGCUUGGAAAAAGAGCAAUGCGGCGGCAUCGCCCACAGAACUCCUGCAAGGCUCUUGUCCAACUGACUACCGCCGCUGCAAGCAACUAGUCCAGUCCUCCAUCCAAAUCCCAGAAGACGCCCAAGUUUUCGCGUCUUCCAACGGCUUCGUCCGGGCCGUCUACCAGGCCUACAGCAACCAUUACCACCUGAAAAUCCGCCCGGAAGACGUCUGGUUUUCCAUCAUCGCCCAGCUAAGCACGCACAUCAACGCCCACGCCGAGGAGCUGCGGCCGUUCUUCGUCGCGCACGAGGGCCAGAAGGAGCUGGAGGUCGUCGAGGUGGGAACCAUCACCAGCGUGGACUUCGGCAAGCUGGCGAUCCGAAUGACCGACGAGAUCAGAAAGAACGUCGUCGAUCCGGAUUUGACGGCGUGGAUCAUGCCGGACUUUACUACGACGACGCACACCGACACGGUGACGGCCGCGGUUCUUAUGAUGGGCGCCCUGCAGAAGUAUUUCAAGUAUUUCUCUCUUCUAACUUGCGGCAUACCCUCCGUGACUCUCCUCGGCGAGAGAGAGGACUGGGUUAAGAUCCGGCGUCGUCUGGAGUAUUUGCCCCGACUAGGAGAAGAGCCGGCACACUUCGCACGCCUUUUGACCGCGGUCCUCGACUACUUUGUUCGCUCAUUUGACGAGCCGACCAGUCCCGAGGUGCUGUCUUUCUGGUCCAGGGUAGCUGACCGGCAAGGCGGCUCGGGCGUCGAGUAUCUUUCGGGAUGGAUAACUGCUUUUACGUUCUGGAAGGUUGACGGGGAAUGCAUGUACACUUUACCGCAGAUUCCUUUUGAGUCGUAUACACCAGACACAUACGGUUGUAAUCUCGAUGGUACUUUGUUUCAUAUUAUCGACAUGUCUGAUAUACCGGACGCCUUCUCCUCGGUCCCGCUUACGGUAAAUGACAAUGGAGUUAUACAUAAUACGAGAUUAGUAGCUGGUUCUAUCGGAAUGGCGGUCUCUAGUAGCGGGGAACUACUCGAGUCGGAAUCCUCAUACUUCAAAACCGGGAGGCCCGAACUUAGCGACAAGACGGGCCCAGAUACACUCCAACCCGUUUCCGGUUGGUGGAUGUAUGAGCUUGUAGAAGGGGCCGAAUAACUUAUGUAGUAGGUAUGUACCUAUAUGAAAAGGAUAACAGUCGAGGCUUAAGAAACGGGGGGUUUUCAUUUAUUAAUCCGGUUUUAUUUAUAACCCCCUUACAAAUAUAAUCACGUCGCUAUAAGAGGAGUUUUACACUAUUUGACUAUAUUUAAAAAGACCAUACUUCUAUACGCAGAUAUCUACAUAAGAAA